AUGGGCCUGGCCCCUGAGGUGCUGCCCCCAGUGUCAGCCGAGGUUGGGGAGCACUCCCUCCUCAUCAGCACCAAGGGCGUGGGCAUCUGCCUGCAGAGCGCGGGCCCAGCCGGGUCCACCUCUGAUGCUCUGGGAGCCGCAAGGAUGUGGCCAGCCCUGGGCGGGAUCGGACCAUCCCUGUGUGGGGUCAGGAACUGCUGGUGCCGGGGUGGGCGUCCGGGGCAGGCCCCGCUCACCGAUGAGGAGCCAACUUCAAAAGCCUCGUCUGCCUGCCGUCCAGGGAAGCCUCGUUGGCCGGGUUUGGAGCCGGACCUGGAGCGGCAGCUGCACUCCCCACCUGAGGACCCCAGGGUCAUGUCUGAGGCCCGCUGGCGGGACCUGGCCCUGGGUGCUCUUCACGGGCCUUCCCGGCAGCGGCAGCGGCGGGGGGAGGGAGUCUCCCUCUUGGAGCUGGGGCCACCCUGUCCUCAUGGGUUGGACUGGCCUGAGCCUCGGGCCCUGGGGCCCCCCAGGCCCGCGCUCUGGGCGCUCCUGCUGGCGGUGCUGGGGGCUGCACCGGGCCGGGCCAGGCUCGGCGCCUGCAGCGUCCCCGACGUGCUCCACCACUACCGCGCGGUCAUCUUCGAGGACCUGCAGGCCGCGGUGAGGUGGACCGGGCCGGGCUCCAGACAGCUCCAUUUCAUUCAGAAAAACCUGACUGGAGCCGCGGCCUCCCGAUGGCGGAGCCGGGUGGGCGCCUCCUGUGGCGCCCAUAAGGAGCACAGUAUUCUCCUGUCCAUCGUGGCCCUGGGUCGGACCCUACGUGGGGCGGUGGCCGGGGGCCGCCGCGGGGCUCUGGAAAAGGCGGCUUGGACCGUGGCCGUGCGCACCGAGGCGGUGAUGCGGCGCCACUGCCGGACGCUGCGCCAGCGGAGCCGGCGGCCCGAGACGCGCCCUCUUCGGCGUCGGGGCGGCCGGAGGCGGCUCCUGCUGCGCGCCCUGGACGCCGUCGCCACCUGCUGGGAGAAGCUCUUCGCGCUGCGCGCCGCGGCCACCGAGGGCUCCUAAGCGCCCCGAGCGCGCGGGGCUGGGAAAGGGUCUUGCGGCCCGGCCCC